UCAAAUAGGAAUUGUGAAAAGUAGCAUACUGGUGAGAAAUGUGUGCUGGCUAUUGUGUUCAUGCACAGACAGCAGGGAGCAAAGCUAAAAACUGGCAUUCACAAAGGCAAGAGCAAUAGUGCUUGGCUGCUGUGUCUUCAUCCUCUCCCUCUCUUGCCCCAGGUAUGGAAGCGUUCUGGAGCAUGGUUCUUCAAGGGCUUCCCCAAACAGGUCCUCCCCAAGCCUAUGCCUAUAAGGAAGCCCAAGACCCAGCAGCCCACCCUGGAGCCCAAGCACUGUGAGCCCACUGUCCCUGAGCAUCCCACCCUGGAGCCCAAGCACGCUGCCCGGGCUCCAACUCGAGGUGACACUGAAGACAAGAGGGGCCCAGGUCCGAAGACAGGCCCUGACCUGGCCUCUACUCCCGGGCGAGGAAGUUAUGGGCCCCCUGUGCGCAGGGCCAGUGAGGUGCAGGCAAGCUCAUCUAGCCAGGACCCAGAGAGCUGGGACCAGGGUCACAGUGUGGCUUCCGGAGACUCCAGCCGGAGCCCAGCAGGUUUGAGAUGGGCCAACACUGUCAAGGCCUCCAGACCUGCCCCUGCCUCCAUGCAGAGCCCAGCACCUCCUCAGCCUGGGCAGCCAGGACCCCCAGGAGGCAGCAGACCGAGUCCUGGGCCAGCAGGUCGCCUUCCAGAUCAGAGACCAGAGGUGGCUCCCAGUGAUCCUGGCUAUGCAGGGGCUUCUGCCCCACCACGGGAGAACAGAAUGGGAGGAGUUGGCUACUCAGCAGUUGGAGCCAGGGAGAACCGCACAGGCCACCCUCCAGGCCCCUAUUCCCAGGCAUCUGCUGCUUCCCAGCCUGCUGGGGUCCCCGCCUGCCAGCCCCCACCUCCAAAGGAGGACGAAGAGGAAGCCAACAGCUAUGAUUGGGAUGAAGCAACCACCCUUGGUGCCCUGGAGUUCAGCCUUCUCUAUGAGCAGGACAACAGCUCUCUGCACUGCACCAUCAUAAAGGCCAAGGGACUGAAGCCCAUGGAUUCCAAUGGCUUGGCCGAUCCUUAUGUUAAGCUGCACCUCUUGUCGGGAGCCAGCAAGGCCAACAAGCUUCAUACAAAAACCCUGCAGAACACCCAGAACCCUGUCUGGAAUGAGACUCUUGUCUACCACGGUAUCACGGAAGAGGACAUGCAGAGGAAGACCCUGAGGAUCUCUGUCUGUGAUGAGGACAAAUUUGGCCAUAACGAGUUUAUUGGUGAGACCAGAUUCUCCCUUAAGAAAUUGAAGCCCAACCAGAGGAAGAAUUUCAAUAUCCGUUUGGAGCGGGUGAUCCCCAUGAAGCGUGCCGGGACCACCGGGUCAGCCUGAGGCACGGCCCUUUACGAGGAGGAGCAGGUGGAGCGUAUUGGUGACAUAGAGGAACAUGGCAAGAUCCUGGUGUCCCUCAUGUACAGCACACAGCAGGGAGGCCUCAUUGUGGGCAUCAUACGCUGCGUGCACUUGGCUGCCAUGGAUGCCAAUGGCUACUCAGAUCCAUUAGUCAAGCUGUGGCUGAAACCAGACAUGGGAAAGUAAGCCAAACACAAGACUCAAAUUAAGAAGAAAACCUUGAAUCCCGAGUUUAAUGAGGAGUUUUUCUACGAUAUCAAACACAGUGACCUGGCCAAGAAGUCCCUGGACAUCUCAGUCUGGGACUAUGACAUCGGCAAGUCCAACGAUUACAUUGGAGGCUGCCACCUGGGGAUCUCAGCCAAGGGAGAGCGCUUGAAACACUGGUACGAGUGUCUGAAAAACAAGGACAAGAAGAUGAAGCGCUGGCACCAACUACAGAACAAGAAUCACAUGUCAAGUGAUUAG